AUGGAGCGAGAAAGGUUCGCCAGCAGCCGGCAGUUCCUCUGCUCCUGCCUCAGCUACACUGUCGGCCUCGGCAACCUGUGGAGGUUCCCUUACGUCUGCUACAAGAACGGCGGGGCGGCCUUCCUGGUUCCCUACAUACUGGUCACCAUGCUUAUUGGGCGGCCCGUUUACUUCCUCGAGCUGUUGCUGGGCCAGUUCUCCGGCCAUGGUCCCUUGGGGGCCUUCCGGCUAUCGCCCAUGUUCCAGGGCAACGCGUUCGCCAUGAUGUGGGCCGCCUUCGUGAUCAGCAUCUACUACCAGAUGGUCGUCACGUACGCCAUCAUCUAUUUCUUCGCGUCGUUCAGAAACCCGCUGCCCUGGAACGAGUGCUACCAUUGGUGGGGGGUGUCCUUGGACGGCUGCUUCGCGCGCCAGAGCACAGACCGCCUUUGCGACAGCGUGCGGAAGAGCAUCGUGCUCGCUGGCGUGAACGACACAGGUGCAGGUUCGCUGGUCCCGGUAACCUACGGGAACAAGACGGUCUUCAUAUCGCAGCAGGACUACAGCUCGUUGUUCGCCGGUUGCGUCAACGCGAACGCGUCGUCCACAGAGGUCUUCUACAACAAGUACGUGCUUGACCUCAGCAGCGACAUUGAGCUCGUCGGAGACGUUCAGCCGACCCUCGUGCUGGCCUACGCAAUCAGCUGGAUCAUUAUUUUCCUCACCAUCUUCCGUGGAAUGCAGGUGCUGGGAAAGUUGCUUCUGGUGACUGCCGCUAUUCCGUACAUCAUCCUGACCAUCAUGCUCGUCAGGGGCAUCACCCUGCCAGGAUCUGGCAUCGGGAUCACGUACCUGGUCGUGCCCACCUGGUCCAAGAUCCUCGAUCUGAACGUCUGGAGAGCUGCCAUCGAGCAGGCCUUCGUCUCGCUCAGCAUUGGCACCGGUGGCCUCAUGCUCUACGGGAGCUACCUGAACUUUCGCUCAGACGCGCGCUGGACCGUCCGCUUCAUUUGCUUCGUGGACUUCCUAACGAGUGCACUAGCCGCCUUUGUGGUCUUUGCCGUCCUGGGCAACAUGUCCUUCAGGCUUAACAUGCCCAUCGAAGACGUCGUGAACCAGGGGCCCGCGCUGGCGUUUGUGACGUAUACCGAGGUACUCUCCCUCAUCCCAUUUCCUUACGUCUGGUCCGUUUUCUUUUUCGCCGUGCUUUUCUUAAAGGGCAUCGACUCGCAGAUGGCCAACUGCGAGAUCCUCACCACCUCCAUCCAAGGGCUAUUUCCGGGUUGCUCGGGGCAACGCUUUUUGUCGGCGCUCAUGUACUGCUCCACCUGCUUCUUGAUCGGGCUUUGCCUCACCACGCAGGUGGGCUUCUACAUCCUAGCAGUCCUGGACCAUUACCUGGGAGCGAUCAUGUUGCUCGUCACGUGCUUCUUUGAGACGCUCAUUGUCGGCUGGGUCUACGGUAUGAACCGGUUCUGCUUCGACGUUACCUUCAUGACGGGAAUCUGUCCGAGCUACUUCUUUGUAAUUUCGAUCAAAUACGCGACUCCGGUCGUUCUCGGCACGUUGCUGGUGCAUGUCAUGGUGACCUUCCCGAGGAGCAGCGCGGGUCUGUAUACAUUGCCUAUCUGGGCCGACGUGUUUGGCUGGGCCCUGGUUGCGGUGGGACUGAUGCCCAUUAUUCUCGUGGCUGUCGCGAAGCUGUUCGAGUGCAACUGCAACUGUCGAAAGGCCAUCUCGCCCGAGCGGGACUGGGGUCCUUACGACGACAAGUACCACGUUCGCUACAAGAAAAGGCUCCAGGAACUCGGCUACACGCUCCUGCACCACAGCGUCUCGCCGAUAAGCAAUUUAGUGUCCGGGCAGCCUCCUCGAAAUCCGCGCAGCCAAAGCGCGAUGCAGUCUCCGAAGCCGUUCCCCCACUUGUAG